AUGUGCUUAUUUGUGGCUCACCUGGAUUGUGCUUCCUUACCAUUGAUAGUCAAAGUUAUACGGCACGAACACCCUCUCAACCUCACCUUCUCCAUUCCUGCCACUCAAUCGAGCAUCGUAGUUUGCAAACUCUGUGUUGGCACAGUGAACACGAACUACGCGAUCUAUUAUUGCUCAAGUUGUUAUUUUGUUGCCCACCUUCAUUGUGCUACAAGCAAAGAAGAAAGAGAUGAAACAAUUCUGCAGAAUUUUGAAGAUAAAGAGUUUAGUGAGUCAUCAAAAACAAUAUUGGAAUAUGAAGAUAUAGGAACUGAUGAAUUUAUUGACUCAUCAACGUUUAUUGUCAAAAUGAUCAAAGUCGGGGUAGAUGGAAUUGAAAUAGCUACAAAAAUCAAACAUUUCUGUCAUGAGCAUGACUUAGAGCUCAUUGACAAGCAUGGGAUCUACGAGAAAUGUGAUGGGUGUGUGCGGUCCAUCUUUCCUCCUUUUUACACUUGCGCUCAAUGUGGAUUGUUUCUUCAUAAAUCUUGUGUUGAAUUACGAAGAAAAAUCCGACACCCACUUCACCAACAUCCUCUCAUGCUCCUCCCAAGAUCACCUUAUAUUGAGAGCUUCUUUAUGUGUAAGACUUGUCGUCGUCGCUGUAAUGGCUUCGUUUAUCAUUGUGGCAGAUGUGAUUUUGACCUUGAUGUCCAGUGUAGUCUAAUCCCGUAUAUGUUUAAACAUGAUAGUCACGAGCACCAGCUUAUUCUUUCGAAGCUAUCAUUGGGUAAAAAGUGUAGUUGCUGCAAUUCAAGUGCAGGAUACAAAUUCCUCUGUGCUAAUUGUGAAUUCGUUGUGGACUUCAACUGUUUAACCCUGCCACAUUCGAUACGAUACAGAGAACAUGAACAUCCUUUCACACUUUGCUAUACUCCAGAAGAUGACUCUGGUGAAUAUUAUUGUGAUAUCUGUGAAAAAGAACGAGACCCGAAGCGUUGGUUCUACUAUUGUGAAGAUUGUCUUUACCCUGCUCAUCCCAAAUGCAUUCUUCGGAAUUUCAUGAAUGUCAAGUUUGAGAAAGCUUGCAAAUUUGAUAUCCACCAACAUCCCCUUACUUUGGUUCGGAAGACCGAACAUGAGCCUCUGUGUAAGAAAUGUGGCAAAGCUUGUACAAACCCCAUGUCUUAUGAAUGUGUCAAAUGUAAUUUCAAUUUUCACAAAAACUGCUUGCGACCAUCUACCACCUUAAAGGAAUUAGAAAUCCCUUGA